GCCAAAAAUCCUCAUCGCGGAAAGAAAGGCCGACUUGAAAGGAGCGAGGCGGCGCGGCGCUUCUCGUACCUCCGGCAGCGCGUGAGUCAGCUGAGGCCAAAACAGUCGGAGGACCUUCGUCUGCUCCUCCCGCGUGCGGCCUGCUCUCUCGCGGCACCCUCGACUGACAGUUCCCCUCUGUCUCUCGUGUUGAGCGGAGCUCCGACAAGAGCUCUCGCAAGUAUGUGGUGGCGUGUAAAAUUUAUUGUGGUGGUGUGGGGAUGCCUGGCACAACUUAGCGCCGCUCAGCAGGUGAGCGGUGGGGUGCCACUGCCUCGGCCAGACCCUUCGUCACAGCCGAAUGCUGGAGUGCCACUCUCUAAUUUACCGAGCCAGCAGCCUGGAGUGCCACUAACAAACUCUCCGAUUGAGUCAGGCGUGUCACUGCCCAUCCUCACGAAUAAUGCCGCUGGGCAGCCUCAGGACUUUGCCAACCCAGUGAUCGUACCUUUGGACACAGGAGUGCCUCUGCCUCGGCCAGGAAGCUCACCUGGAGGACAGCAGCCUGUGGGAGUGCCUCUCCCACCGUACGAGACUGUGGGUGCCGUGCAGGACACCUCCAGCUUCGGGGGCGUCGGAGGCAUCCGUCCUGUGCGAGACCCCGAGCUGGACCCCGACGUGCAGCGCGUUGUGGGCCUGGCCGCCGUCAGGGACCACCUCCAGCUCAAGGCCCGCGCUGACACUGCUGUUAAGAUCAGCGAAAUUGUCACAGCACACAAACAGGUUGUGUCGGGUCAGCUGGUUUACCUCACCCUAAGAGUAGGAGAGACAGUCUGCCCCAUUGGAACUCCCAGCCCUCAAUGCCUGCGCUUUCGACCCCACUGAAGAUGCCCACAUCUGUGAGAUCGUGGUUUGGGAACGGCCAUGGCUCAACAGUACAAAGGUCAUCGAUGAGAAGUCCAGGUGUGCUGAAACAGAGGAUGAUAAUGAUUUCAAUGUCUGGGGAAUUGUCAGCACCCUGCAUCCUACUGGUACUGAGCUCCCCAUCCAGACACUCCCCCAGGGCAUCAGUGAACAGCAGCUGGGUCUUGAGGCAUUU